GUGACUGUCUGACGGUGCAUUUUACCCAAGUUUGCAAUCAUUAGUGAACAAAUACUGUGAAAAUUAAGUUCACUAACUAGUAUAUAUUCACACGAAAUACAUAUAUUUAAAAAUCUAAGGAAAUAUGCCUCAAUACUCGAUUAAAGUAAAAUGGGGAAAGGAAUUUUUUCCCGGUGUAGAAGUUAAUACGGACGAAGAACCAAUGUUGUUCAAAGCACAACUUUUUGCACUGACAGGUGUACAGCCAGAAAGGCAAAAAGUCAUGUUAAAAGGAAUGACAUUGAAAGAUGAUGACUGGGGUAACAUGAAAUUAAAAGAUGGUAUUACUGUGUUAAUGAUGGGUUCCAAAGAGGAAGAUGUACCAGUGGAGCCCACAGAAAAACCAUUAUUUUUAGAAGAUAUGAAUGAGUCUGAGUUAGCCAGUGCAUUAGAUUUACCUGCCGGUUUAACAAAUUUAGGAAAUACAUGUUAUCUCAAUGCAACUGUACAGUGCCUGAAAACUGUCCCUGAAUUGCGAGAUGCUUUGAAGAAUUUUUCAGGUGGACUUGCAGCUGCUGGCAGUUCUUCGCUUGUACCUGCUCAAAGUAUAACUGCUGCUUUAAGAGAUCUAUACGAGAGUAUGGACAAAGGAACAUCUUUACCACCUGUUGUUCUUGUGCAAAUGAUGCAUCUAGCAUUUCCAAGAUUUGCUGAAAAAUCUGAGCACGGUGGAUUUCAGCAACAGGAUGCUAAUGAAUGUUGGACAGAACUUAUUAGAAUGUUACAACAGAAAUUGUUAGCAAAGGAGAAUCCUGCAGCUUUAGAAGAUGAUGGACAAUGUCAUAAGCCUCGUUCAUUGAUCGAACAAUAUUUUGGAGGAACUUUUGAUACGGAUUUAAAAUGUGUAGAGUCUGAAGAUGAACAACCUACUAAAGGAAAAGAAGAAUUUUUACAAUUAAGUUGUUUCAUAUCAACCGAAGUUAAGUACAUGCAUUCUGGACUUAGGAAUAAAAUGCAAGAACAAAUUACAAAAAUGUCUCCAACUUUAGGCAGAGAUGCUGUAUAUACGAAAACGUCAAAAAUUAGUAGACUGCCAGCAUAUUUAACUAUCCAAUUUGUACGUUUUUAUUAUAAAGAGAAAGAAGCGAUUAACGCAAAAAUUCUCAAGGAUGUUAAAUUUCCUCUUGAAUUCGAUGCCUUUGAAUUAUGCAGCAGUGAACUUCAAAGUAAACUGACUCCAAUGCGUGAGAAAUUUAAAGAAUACGAAGACAGUUUAUUGGAAGAAACGCGUAAUGUGAAAGAUAAAAAGGACAAGGAAACUAAUGAGAAGAAAAUGAAAGAGGAACCAUUUUGGUUUUCAAAUGAUUUAGGAUCAAACAACAGUGGUUACUAUACAUUACAAGCAGUGCUAACUCAUAGGGGACGGUCAAGUAGUAGUGGUCAUUAUGUAGCCUGGGUUCGUCAAAAAAGAGACACCUGGUUAAAGUGUGACGAUGAAACUGUUAGCGCUGUGACCAGUGAAGAUGUAUUAAAACUCAGCGGUGGUGGCGAUUGGCAUUGCGCAUAUGUUCUUCUUUAUGGUCCGAAAAUUUUAGAAGUACCCGAUACAGAUAAUAAUGAAGGUUCAGCUACUUCUUGUGUAACAAAAAAAGACUAAAAAACUGUAACAGAACAAUUGCUCUUUGAAUCUGCCAGGGAAAUGCAUUUUCUU